AUGGAUGAAUGGAGCAGAGCCCCAUUAGAAGGCCCGGCCCAAUUGCAGCGCCGUCACAACCCUCCGAAGAGCAAGAAGAGGAGUAUGAGAGCCAUAGCGAAGGGUUUUGUCAAUACCAUGAGCCUCCGUUCCAAGCUAUCUGCUUUCCUCAAGAAAGCCACUGCUUUUGCCGGCGCCUCUGCCGGAGCAUCCAGUACCUCUGCGGCAGCUGCCUCCCCUUCUUCUCAAAAUAGGCGGUUCUCAUCCUCCACCGACAUGGCCGAUGGCUCCGUGAGGACGCUUCGCACCCGGCUCUGCGUCAUCGGGAGUGGCCCCGCCGCCCACACGGCGGCGAUUUACGCUGCCCGGGCGGAGCUCAAGCCUGUCCUCUUCGAGGGAUGGAUGGCCAACGACAUCGCCCCCGGCGGCCAGCUUACCACCACCACCGACGUAGAGAACUUCCCAGGGUUUCCUGAGGGGAUCAUGGGGCACGAGCUCAUGGACCGGUGCCGCGCGCAGUCUGUCCGCUUUGGAACUGAGAUCCUCACAGAGACCGUGACAAAAGUCGACCUGAGCGUCCGCCCCUUUCGUGCUUUCUCCUCCUCCACUGCUGUCGAGGCGGACGCUGUUGUUGUCGCCACUGGCGCCGUCGCACGUCGGCUUCACUUUCCUGGGGGAGAGGAGUUCUGGAACAAGGGAAUAUCUGCUUGCGCGGUCUGCGACGGGGCGGCACCUCUCUUUCGGAAUCACCCCAUCGCAGUGAUCGGUGGCGGAGACUCAGCUAUGGAAGAAGCCAACUUCCUGACCAAGUACGGAUCCAAAGUCUACAUUGUGCACCGCCGGGACGCUUUCAGGGCGUCGAAGAUCAUGCAGGCGAGGGCGCUUGGAAACCCAAAGAUUCAGGUGCUGUGGGACUCAGAGGUAGUGGAGGCCUACGGGGAGAACCAGGGAACUCUCUCUGGCGUGAAGGUGAGGAACGUGGUCAGUGGAGAGGUCUCUGACCUCAAGGUCUCUGGUCUCUUUUUCGCAAUAGGCCAUGAGCCAGCCACCAAGUUCCUUGAAGGGCAGCUGGAACUGGGAUCCGAUGGGUACAUUGUAACAAAGCCGGGGACGACUCACACCAGCGUGAAGGGUGUCUUUGCUGCAGGGGACGUGCAAGAUAAGAAGUACCGGCAGGCCAUCACAGCUGCUGGAUCAGGUUGCAUGGCUGCUUUGGAUGCGGAGCAUUAUUUGCAGGAGGUUGGAGCUCAGGAGCCAAAGACUGAAUGACUAUCUUCAGAUGCCCUGAAACAAUCUCCAAAGAUACUUAUUUUCAGCCAGAAAGGAAAGCUUCGAAGAGCAGUAAGAUUGUUUGAAAAUGAACUCUUCAAUUGUCAUAUUUGGAUUCUAUUGGUACAUUCUCACACUGUGUUAAAGGUGUCGAUUCAUGCACUAAAACGCAUUCCCUGUGCAUCUCGGAAUGAAUAUUCAUUUAAUUUGCAGUGAAAUUCAAGUGUUUGAUUAAGCUCA